AAACAUCAGUUCUCAUCCAAAGCUUACAAUGAAGUCACUGAAAAUUGUUGCUGUUCUUAUUUUGUCCAUUGUGGGACUCACACAUGUAUCUGCCCAAAACAGCAACUCUAAUCUUCUAGGGUCCUUGUUGGUUGGAGGUCUAGCUGGUUGGGGCAUAAACAAAUUUGUCGAGAAAAACAGAAGACAGGAUGCCAUAAACGAUGCUUUAUUGGCUCGGUCCUUCGGAUUACCGGAUCCUAGAUUUGGUGGAUUUCCCGGUGGAUUCGGCAGACCACCUGCGUUUGGACACCCAAGAGGACAUGUGUACGGACGAACUGGAAUGUGGUAGAAUGCCAAACAAGUAACGGAAAAGUUGCACCCAGUUUCCUUGUCCCACGACGCAGGAAAGCGGAAACGAAUGCCGCACUGUGAAA